AUGAGCAAUCAAUCACAUUUAAACUCUUUAUACUACUUGACAUUUUCCAAUUAUGGAGAAAAACAACUGCUUCUUUCCAUUGUCAUUUUCUUUAUUUAUGUGAUGGGAGUUUUAGGGAAUCUAAUUAUAAUAAUUGUUAUAUACUUGGAUAGUCACUUACACACCCCCAUGUACUUCUUUCUCUGCGCCCUGGCCUUUGUAGAUAUCUGUUACCCUACCGUCACUCUCCCUAAACUGAUAGACAUUUUGCUUUCAGGAGAUAACUCAAUAACCUUUAUCCAAUGUUUUACUCAAUUGUUCUUCUUUUUUGCUUUGGCUGGAAUAGAAGUCGCAUUAUUGUCUUCUAUGGCAUAUGAUCAUUAUGUUGCCAUAUGCAAGCCCUUAAGAUAUCAUCUAAUUAUGAAGGGAAAAACAUGUGCACAGAUAAUAGCAGGGAUCUUGAUUUCUGGAUUUAUUAACUCAAUAUUUUUUACAAGCUUGGUUUCAAAGUUGUCAAUAUGUCGUUCCAAUAAGAUCAAACCGUUUUUUUGUGACAUUAAGGCUGUGGCAGACAUUUCCUGUGAUAUAUUUACAUUUUACAAUGCUAUUUAUGUGGAAUCAUUCGCAGUAGGGUUCAUGGCAUUUUCUCUAAAUGUUAUAUCAUAUAUAAAUAUAAUAAGAAACAUACUAAAUAUUAAGUCCAAAGCUGGCAGACAAAAGACUUUCUCCACUUGCAUUUCACAUAUUACCGUUAUGAUCAUUCUCUAUGGAAGUGCAUUCUGGAUGUACAUGAGGCCGCCUUCAGAAUCAGUGUACCUGGAUCCAGUAUUCUCCCUUCUUUAUACAGGAGUGACUCCCAUGUUAAACCCUCUCAUAUAUAGUCUAAGAAAUAAAGAAGUAAAGAACGCCCUGAUAAGAAUUGUAAGGAAAAAGUUUGUUUAGCUAAAAUGUAAUAUUUCAAAAGUAGAUCCAAUUAACCCACCACUGUGAAUGCAGACACAUAGGCACCUGAUUUUUUUUAUCCAGUACCAGGUGAAUCAUGCAGGUAGACUUGGGAGUAAAAGCCUGUCUGAGAAACAAAUGUUUUAAUGACAAAACAACAUUGAAACAAGAUUUG